AUGUCUGGCAUAAGGAGAGUCAGCAAGGAGCUCACUGAAUGCCAGGGUCCUCCGCCGCCCGAGGGCAAGGACAUGUCGAAGGUCAAGUUGCAGGACGGAGCGGCCAUCCUCCCCCCGACCACGAUGGAGGGCAUUUGGGCCAAGGCCGACAAUAGCAACAUGUACAGGUGGGAUAUCUGGAUUGAGGGUCCUGCCAACACAGUUUACGAGGGUGGUAUUUUCAAGCUGAAGAUGGAGCUGCCUGAAGGUUCCGCUCCCAGCGGUACUGGUGGUUACCCUUUCAAGCCGCCCAAGAUCAACUUCACGACGCGCAUCUACCAUCCCAACGUGACCAACGACAACACGGGCGACAUCUGCCUCUCGCUCAUCAAGACGGACGUCUGGAAGCCCGCCAGCAAGAUCAAGGGUGUACUAGAGGCGGUGCGACAGCUGCUGAUCGAACCCAACCCCGACGACCCCCUCGAGACGCGCAUCGCCGAAGAAUACAAGAACAACCGGGCCGAGUUUGAGAAGAACGCCAAGAGCUAUGUGCAGCGAUACGCGAAGGACACUUUGAAGGAGAACUCUUCAAAGACCACCACAAAGAAGGAGACUCUGAAGAACGCCCCGUCCAAGGUUUGA